AUGGUGAGGGCCACGGGGCUGGCCCCCGCGGCCCAGCCCGGGCUGGCCGGGAAGCUCCCACGGGAGAAGAAGAAGAAAAAGAAAAGAUUCUGGAAAAACAAGGCGCAAGAAGCCAGCGGGAAACCGGGGGGCGAUCCCGCGGCUGCGCUGCGACCCCCGAGGGCCCCGGAGGCCUUCUCCCAGAACUGGAAGGCGCUGCAGGAGGUGUUGAAACAGAAAUCACAGGCCCCAGGAAAGCCUCUGGUUCUCUCUCCGCGGGAUUCCAAAAAGCAGCCCCAGGUUGCCCGGCAGGACGGGAAAGCGGAGCGCCAGGAGGUGGGGACGGAAAAGGCAGGCGGAGAGGCCCCCACGGGCUCUGUUCCUCCAGCAUCACUGCCCAACGGGAGGGCGCCGGGGCCCCCCAGGAAGGCCCGCGGAGCAGAGCGCGCUGAGAAAGCAGCCAAGAGGACAAAUGGUGACAUUUCUCCAAAACGAGGGGACCUCAAGCAUAAGCGGAAAGCCAAGGAGGUGACUGCAGCCUCGACCCCAGCCCCGCCCACCGAACCGGACAUCUGGUUCGAUGACGUUGACCCGGUGGACAUCGAGGCGGCCAUGGGCCCGGAGGCAGCCGAGAUCGCGAGGAGGCAGCUGGGCGCCGGGGACAGCGGCGCGGCGCUGGUGAAGGGGCAGGCCUUCGGCGGGCUGACGAAGGCCUUGGCGCUGGACUGCGAGAUGGUGGGCGUGGGCCCCGCUGGGGAGGAGAGCCUCGCUGCCCGCGUGUCCGUGGUGAACCAGUUUGGCAAGUGCGUCUACGACAAGUACAUCAAGCCGACCCAGCCCGUGACCGACUACAGGACGGCGGUCAGCGGCGUCCGGCCCGAGCGCCUCCAGCAGGGGGAAGCGUUUGCAGUCGUUCAGAAGGAGGUGGCUGAGAUGCUGCGGGGCCGGAUCCUCGUGGGACACUCGCUGCACAACGACUUGAAGGUCCUCUUCCUUGAUCACCCGAGAAAGAAGGUUCGCGACACACAGAAAUACAAGCCUUUCCAGCGGCAGGUGCAGAGCGGAAGGCCGUCUCUGAAGCUGCUGGCCGAGAGGAUCCUGGGCGUGCGGGUGCAGCAGGCGGAGCACUGCUCGAUCCAGGAUGCCCAGGCAGCAAUGAGACUCUACGUCACGGUGAAGAAGGAGUGGGAGCGCGAGGUCCAGGACAGGCGCCCCGCCCCGGCCACCGCUCCAGAUGACGCGUAG